AAAUGAGCAGAUUUGGGGUUGUUUUUCAUACAACAGUUUUCACUCGUUUCUAAGGCUUGUUUCUGCUGUGAUCAUGGACCGACGUGGUGGAGAAACACCAGAGAAGGCCGCUGAUCGCCUGAAAGAGAUUUUUAAGGGGUUUUCGAGUGAUAAAAGGACGUUUGUGAAGUUGGUUCAUGACACUCGAAAAGUUGCGGAAGAGAUUCAAGAAAAGCUGACAAGAAAUGUCGACGAUGAACGCUUCAAAGAGAACAUAACAACCCUGCUGAAAGAGAAGGAAGAGGUUGACCAGGUCGUGAACCAAGAACCGUCCAUUAUUGUCGUUGGACAGACCAAGUCGGGAAAGAGUUCUUUCAUCAAUGAACUACUUGAGAAGACCGUCCUAGCUGCAGACCAAAGGCCUUGUACAGCCAGGUUGACCCAGUUAGAGCAUGUCGAUUGCCAAGAGAAACCGAAGGUUAUAAUUGUAAGCCAAGGAGGAAAGGUCCUGUCAGAAGAGCGACUCUUGAAGAAGUACAUUCCUGCUGAUUUGGUGAAUCUGCCAUUUGAGAAGCGAGAGAAUAAGGAGGCGGUUUACGCUAAAGUGAUCGCGAGGAUCGAGAAUGAUUUCCUGAAGAGCGGGGUGCGGAUUAUUGAUUCACCGGGACGCAAUGAGAACAGUCUUCUUGACGACCUUGUGAUGGACCAUAUGAAGUCAAUCCUGCCCCUUGUUAUCUAUGUCAUUGACGGAAGAAAUCAACUCACACUCAGGGAUAAGGAAGAUAUCAACAGCAUCCUCGGGCAGACGCUGCCUGAAAAUAUGUUCUUUGUCGUCACCAAGAUUGAGGCAGAUGAGGAUGACAUGUCCAGCAGUGAGGAAGAGAGUGAUGAGGACGAUGAUGAUGAUGACGAUGAUUACAAGAAAGAAAUUGAAGAAAAGGAAACUAAGAACAAGAGCGCAGUUUACCGCAAGUUGUGUGAUGAGGGGUUCCUGGAUGGUUCGGUGGCAAUGGAAGACUGUCCUCGGUUCCAUGGGUUGUCAGCAUGGAAGAUUAAAACACAUCGCAAGAAGGCAGAGACGAUGCCAAAUCGUUACACAAAAGCUUUUGACAGAUUCAAGAGCUGUCUUGUUGAUUUCACCAAAAAACAGCUGCAGUACCAUAUUGAUUGUGCCGCAAAAAGCCUUGCGGAUAAUCACAGAAUGUGUAUUGAUGUCUUCAUCGAUGAGGCUAAUCGUAUAUACGAUGAGAGGCAUGCCUAUAAGGAUACUGUGGAGCGGGCAGAGAGAAGUGAGGAUAAGCUUCAUGAUGAAAUCCUGGGAAAGAUCGCUGGUGAUGGACAGAAAUUAGAAGAGGUGAUCAGAGCAUGUUUCAGCGAGGAAAUCUUUGAUGAUAUCAAGAAAGGUGCUGCAGAAUACAAGUACAAGCCCUACCAGCCGAAGAAGAAGCGAAAUUCAAUGAUCAGUAGCACAGAGACUCUGCCAUCAGAGGGAGCUGCUGCAACCAUGACAUUUGAUGGGAAAAUGGUCUAUGGGAUCGAAGAAACGAAUGUGAUAGAAAUUACUGUUCCAGCAAAUGGGUUCAUAAAUAAUGGUGAACUGGUCCAGGAAUGCCGUCAGCAAAUUGAGCGGUUUGUGUACAACAGACUUGGGAACUUGUUGUCACGGAAGGUUUGGGCACACUUCAGUGAGGACGAUGGGUUGUUGAGUCAAAUGUGGUCCGAGUUGAGUAACCUCAAGUUGGAGGACACAGACGGCAAGAGUGCAACUGUGGAAAGUCUGAAGGGCAUGAUGAUAAAGAAUUACAAGUUCGACCCGAAAAAGGAGCAUUUUGAGGAAAAGCUGAAGAUGAAGAUCAGAAAUGCUCUGCGGAAUUUGUUGCGGCGCUUCGUGGGUAUGUUCAAGGGUGAAAUGGGCCGUACUGGAGUUGGGAUGCCGGAGUGGAAGGUAGCGAUUGCAGGUGAUAGCCUGGAGAAAGUGAGUGCCACACGCAUCAAGGAUGGCGUUAUGAGGGAAUUGGUGGACCACAUCAAAUCUGGACACACCAGUUUUAGGAAGGAGAUUAGAAUGAUGAAGGAAGUCUACCAGAAGCAGCUUGAACUUGGUAAAGCGGCCAGGAAGGAAAUCCGAGGAUACACCCCACGCAUUGCAUCACUCGAGCUAAGGUCAUUAGACUUGGUGGACAGGCACAUUUAUGGAAUUCCACAAUGCUUAAGAACCUUAGGCUCUGGGACACAGGGAAGUGUUCACGGGACAAAGCUUCGAGGUCCGAAUGAUGAGAAGUUGGCCAUGAAGGUCAUCAGAGGAAGGUGCAUCAAGGGGGCUGAUCCCCUUGAUAAGAUAGCAACAGAAGUCCAUCAUCUACGGCAACUAAGUCAUCCGAAUUUGGCCAAGCUCCAUGGCUGCAUCAUCCUGAAUGAUACAAGCGAAGAUGGAGCCGGGACGCCUUCCACUGAGAUUGGUAUGCUCAUUGAGGAGAUGAAGGGUGACCUGUUAGCAUUGUUACCACAGUACUCUCGUCUGAAUGAUCGCCUAAAGAUGGCGCUGGAAGCAGGAUAUGCUGUCAGGUAUCUCCAUCAGCGUAAAAUGAUUCAUCGCGACAUCAAACCAGCAAACGUUUUGCUUGGUGAGAAUGGCAGGGUCAUUCUGACUGAUUUUGGUUGUUGCAAGCCGAUUGGAUUGAUGAACGAAUCCUUACUGGGGACGCCAAUCCACAUGGCACCGGAAAUGCUCACCACGGACACACAAGACUACGACAACAAAAUCGAUGUCUAUGCUUUUGGGAUUUUCCUCUGGUAUUGCGCCGAAGGAGCUGGAAAUCAUCCUAUCGAUCCUGCUGUCGAAGAUAGCGUUGGAGUUGUUUUUCAGAACACACGCCUGGGAAGGAGACCGAAAUGCCAACCACACUUUCCAGUGGCGCUUUGGGGGCUUAUGGAACGUUGCUGGGACGAGAAUGUGCAGAAACGACCAACCAUGGACGAGGUCUGUGCUGAACUGGAACGAAUGAUCAGAGAGUAAUGAACAAUUGCAACAUAUUCUAAAUCACCUCGGUUAGAAUGUUUCAUCUUUAUGACGUAAGCUUCAUAGGCCUUGUUUUAAUCACAGAGGUUUCGGUGAGAAAACCUUCUCUGUGUCAAAAUCAGAUUUUUAGUGGAUUAGGGGUAUGCCUGUACUAUAUCGAGCUAUUAUUGUGUGUGCUAUUAUGAUUGCCCAUGAUCAAAGUGAACAUUGCCGCAAAGCCACACAGCUUUCUUUAUUGUGUGAACGAAAGCAGUGAACCACACUGACAUUCAGAUUAGACGUCUCACAGUACAUGGCAGCGUCUUGCAUAGAAAUGGCAGCGAUAUGUUCAGCAGUGAUGGGAGGAGAGAUUAAGCGAAUGAUCACCAGCGCUGGGAAUUCAGGAUUCUCAAAAUGAAUGUGCUAAAUGUAUAUAAAAUAUAUUUUGAUAAUUUCUAUCUAUUGCCAGUGUGCCAAUUUACUUGAAUUCAUUCCAUUUGAAUAAAAUAUGAUUAGA